UGAAUCUGAUACUUAGACGGUUUCACUGAACGAGUGUACCGGUAUCGAGCUCACCAUCAACCAUGGCGUCAUUACCAUCCGCAGUGCCCUCGCACCCAGUCGUAUUCACGACUCAAACACCCUAUACACUCCCCUCCCAAAAAUUCAUGAUCCCCUUGGACUGGAAACGCUACCAGCUCUCCCAACUCAUCAACAAAGCACUCGACCUCCCCAAGCCUAUUCCAUUUGACUUCCUUGUCCAUGGCGAGAUUCUUAGAACGUCCCUUUUAGAAUGGCGCACAGAAAAAGGUGUGGGAGAGGAAGAUACUUUAGAGAUCGAGUAUUUUGAGAGUGUAAUGCCCCCUCAGCGGAUGUCCGAGCUUCCGCACGAGGAUUGGGUAUCUUCAGUGUCAUGUCGAAUACCUCAACACUUCGUCACAGCAUCCUAUGACGGUCACCUACGUCUCUUCGACUAUUCGCAAAAUCUGGUUCUUGAUGCCUCUGUGCACCAAUCACCCAUCACUUCCGUCUGCAUAGUACCAUCCCCGCCAUCAGACAUCGAGUCUCGCAUUCUAGCGAGUUCGUCGCAUGACCUCACUGCGUGUCUUACGCGCAUAUAUCUGGACUCAGAGACUCCCACUGCAUCCACUGUCGCUUCUCUACAUCUUCACACCAGCCCACUAUCCUCCAUAUCUACUGAUGCAUCUGGUUCACACCUCCUCACCUCUUCGUGGGAUGGCCUCAUCGGUGUCUGGGAUACUUCAAUACCCGAUGACCACCAAGUCAAUUUGGAGCGCGGAGAUGAUAGAAAAAAGCGGCGUAAGACUGCACCCGCAAACAUAAAACGGAAAGCACCCAUAGCAGUACUAAAAUCGCACACUGCACGCGUGUCAAAAGCAAUUUUUGCUGCAGGUGAGCCUGCGAAAGGUAAGGCCUAUAGCUGUGGUUUUGACUCGACGGUGCGAACCUGGGAUGUCGAAAGUGGUGUAUGUAUGAAUACUAUUAACGUGCCUGAGCGUCCGAUGCUCGACCUUGCUGAAACCCCCGAUGGGAACGUUCUCCUCGCUGCAUCCACGGACCGCACCGUGUCCAUCUUCGACCUCCGUGUUUCGUCCCUCUCAUCCUCCACAGGCGUUAUGAUGCACCCCGCGACUCCAUCCUGCAUUGCCACAUCUGAAAGUGGGAAAAAUCAGGUUGUUACUGGCAGUUAUGAUGGCGUUGCGCGUUUGUGGGACAUGCGGAGCACGAAAGGCGCUGUGACCAGUUUCAGGGUAUGGGAUGGGAUGAAGGUGCUUGCGGUGGAUUGGGCUGGGGAUGUGGUGGGCAUUGGAGGCGAGGGCGGGAUGGAGGUAUGGAGAAUAGCCGGGUGAUCCUAGGUUUGUUAAAAAAAAUUCAAUCGCCUGGAGUUGGAUCGAGUCGCCUUGACUUCGGCGCAUUGAAGCCAGAUAUCUGCCAAAGUUUGGCAAGAUGCGAAAUUCAUCAGGUUUGCACGUACCUACUAUGAGUAGUACUGCUGUGUCGUUCACCCUAGGCUGUGAACUACAUGAGAGGCUCCGAGUAGACCUGGCGUUUGAUGUGUUUGAAUGCUAAAGUGCUAAUGAAUGGCGAAUUAUUAUAC